AGAUUAAGACUCCACCCCAGAUCUAUGGAAUCAGAGACUCUGGAGGUGGGGCCCAGAAGUCCAACAAUUUCAGAUGAUUCUAGUGCUCACUGAAGUUGGAUAAUCUCUGUCCUAUAUUUACUAUAUGGAUAUGAUUUGAAACUUUACAGUUUUCCUACCUGAUGAUGAGAGGAGGGACGGAGGGAGAAGCGGAACAGAUAAAAGCCUUGCAGUUUUCAAUUCUGGCUGUUUUCCCUGAAGGAAAUAUUUAGGAUGACAAAGAAAGUUUGCAGCUGCCAAGGAUUUGCUGGAUUUGAGAAGCCCAGGAUGCGCUGACCUGCCCUGAGGCUUGACUGUGGACACUGAGGUUGGCGAGUGCUUCUGCCCCAGAACGCCGCGGCUCUUCUCCUGUUUGGAGUACAGGGAAGUAGUAUCCCACAUCAGAAACAGCCCAGUCUUCAACUAGGGACUCCCGCCGAGAUGUCCAAAAGGCUCAGCCCCCACUUACAGCAAAAAAUCCCGGAAGGUGCCUACUGUGAGAAACACCUGGAACCACUGCAGCUCUUCUGUGAUGAUGACCAAAUCGCACUUUGUGCCAAGUGCCUCCAGUCCCAGGAGCACACACAUCACAUGGUGUAUGGAGUACAAGAGGCUGCUGAGAACUACAGGAGGUUAUUCCGGGAGAUAUCAAACGUGUUGAAGGAGAAGCUUGAGGUAGCUAAAAGCAUGUUGGCGGAUGAGCAAGAAAGAAUGGUGAUGAUUCAGGAAGAGGAGCAGAAUUUUAAAGAGAUGAUUGAGUCUGAAUAUAGGAUAAUGUUCCGAUUGAUGAUUGAAGAGAAUGAGGUGAACUUCCAGAGCCUGAAACAAUGUGUAUUCAACCUGAACUUGAGAGAAGCUAGUCUGAAUCAACUGACUGAUUUUGCCACAGAGCUAAGCAAGAAGUCCCAGGAAAUGCUACGGAGACUGAACGAUCUGGAGAGAGAGAACAUGAAUAAACUGAAGGAGAGUGAAGUCAGGCUCUCUGAACAGAUCUGCAGCCUCCAAAGCAUCCCUGCAGAGUUAGAGAAGUGUGGGGAAUCCACCUUAGCACUGCUCCAGAAUGCAAGAUAUUCAUUGGAAAGGACUGAGUCACUACUGCUUCAGUGUCUACAGCCCGCCCGAAUCGCAGACCUGAGUUUAUGCCAAAUAACAGGAAUGAGCAAAAUGCUAAAGGUGCUCCAAAGGCCUAUAACUUUGGAUCCCAAAACAGCUCAUCCCUGUCUGGUCUUAUCCGAGGAUCUGAGAAGUAUAAGACUCAGAAACGUCCAGCAGGAUGUGCCUGGCAACCCGGAGAGAUUUGACUUCAGUGCCACUGUGUUGGGUGUGGAGAGCUUCACCUCAGGGAGGCACUACUGGGAGGUGGAUGUGGGAAAAACAACAAAGUGGCAAUUGGGUAUAUAUGAAGAUUCUGUCAGCAGAAAGAGUGACUUACCCAAAGCUUCUGCAGAUAAAGUCUUACUCACAGGAUCCCUGAUGGGAGCUGAUUUUACCCUCUGGGUCUUUCCCCCUUUAAGAAGAGUCUUCCUGAGAGAGCAAAUGCACAAAGUUGGAGUUUUCCUAGAUUAUGAGUAUGGGCAGAUAUCCUUCUAUGAUGUGACAAAGAGAUCCCUCAUUUAUAAUUUCUCUUGUCUCACCUUCCAAGGAGCUCUCAGACCUAUAUUUUCUCUUUGCCUCCCAAUUGGAGGCACAAAUUCAGACUCUCUCAGCAUCUGCCUCCCUCAUGUUUCUUCUUGUAAUGUUACUGUUAGACCUCAGUCUUCCUUGGUGUGAAAUCUAAGACUACAAGAAGCCAGAAAGUUAAGAACAUGAUUUUGUAAAAUAAUUUAUAUAAAGUAAUCCAAUAAAAGAUUUCUAGUACUUGAGUUGGAACCCAGUUCAACACCCCAGAGCCUUUGCAUUCAUGUGGCUUUCAACAGCCGUUACGGGAAGAGGUUACAUUUCAGCUGAGUCAUGAAUGAUGAUAACUGAUGGACUCUACAUUAAUUAGAACAACAAAUGCACAUGCAGAGAAAGAUUGGGGAAUUAGAGACGAAGUAUAGUCUGGAAUCCUUAGGACUGGGCUAAGUACUCUAGAGAUAGUUCUGAAAAUAGAAUGAGGUAUAAUCAGGACUUUAGAUUUGAGGAUAAUCAUCGUAGUGACAUGUGGAAUGGAAACCUCCUAUUACUGACAUUGAGGCAUCCUAUUACUGACAGUGUCAAGACUUCAUAACUUUUAUCAUUCCAAAUAGAGAACAACUUCAUUUCCCUGGAUAUUUUCAUCUGGGUGAAUAGAAGGUGUUAUGGAAAAUGUGAGCAUUUUAAAAUUAUUUUUUCAAGUAUUCUACUUUCUUAUAAGGAAAAUUAGAUUUCUUGGAAGACUGAUAGUUCAGUGCUUUGGAAGAAAUGAGUAAUAUUGUAAUGAUGUGAUUUUAAGAAAACUA